AUGUCUUCUUAUGCAGAAAACAACAAUCAAUCAAUCAACAUUGUUCGUCAAACUCAAAAUGUUAAUACAUUUACAACACCUCCAAAGCAUAACACAACCAUACAAUACUGCCCUUCCUUUACAGAUGUUAGAACUCCAUUUUCUAACAUUACAAAUGUUAUAAAUCCGUUAUCUAACAAUAGAAAUGAUAUCAUCGGUUUCGAUAAAUAUACCACUUCCAAGUUAGCAAACAAAAGACAAUACCAUGUACUUUCAAAUGAAAUGAAAUCAAAAAAUGCAUCCACAGUAACAACUUCUUCAUCAUCAAUCAAGUUAAAUCCAGGAUGUCAUAAAUUAAAAACGAAGACAAGACAUUUAUCCCCUAUCCCAUUGAUUGAUCUGACAGAAGAUGUAGAAAAUAUACAUCAAGUGAACAAUGAAAAUCUUAUAGUUGGUAUCUCAAAUGAAUAUUUGGAUCAUGGUGAUCAAGUUGUUGUAUGUCAAACAUGUCGUGCAAAGUUAUGGAGAAACAAAUCCAUUAGAGGUAAAGAAAAGGGAAACACGGAUUAUUCAUUAUGUUGUGGUUACGGCAAAGUUCAACUUCCAGAUUUAAAGAAUGCACCCCCGACUUAUGAAAGAAUGUUUCGAAAUAUGGACUCAAAAAGCAAACAUUUCAUGAAAAACAUUCGACGUUACAAUUCAAUGUUUUCUUUCACGUCGAUGGGUGGUAAAAUUGAUUCUUCAAUCAAUAGAGGAAACGCUCCAUACAUUUUCAGAUUGGGUGGUCAAAAUUAUCAUAGUAUUGGAAGUCUUUUGCCAGCAAAAGGAUCGGAACCAAAAUUCUCUCAGUUAUACAUUUAUGACACUGACAACGAAAUUACAAAUAGACAGAGAUGUUUUCGUGGUGAAAAGGAUCAAUCAACAUCAACUGAUAGUGAUAUUAUUGAAGAUAUUAAGGUGAUGUUGGAUUCAAAUAAUGUGUUGGUUAGAUCUUAUAGGAUGGUAAGAGAUACUUUUCAGAAAAAUUCAGAAGUUGAUAUGAAAUUACGACUUAUCGGGAGAAGGGAGCAAGAUGGAAGAACAUAUAACCUACCGACUGCUUCUGAGGUUGCUGCUUUAAUAAUUGGUGACAUUUCGGAUUCAAUCGAGAAGAGGGAUAUCGUCGUUCAAACAAAAAAUGGUUGUCUACAACGUAUCAGUGAAUUGCAUCCUUCGUAUCUUCCUCUCCAAUAUCCAUUGCUAUUUCCAUAUGGGGAUGAUGGUUAUAGUGUUGACAUUCUUCAUAGAGGUGUGUCAUUUACGAACAACAGCAAGCGUGCGAAAUGUACAAUGAGAGAAUAUUUCGCUUAUAGGGUUCAAGACAGAGAUCAUUCGUUUUCUCUCAUACUUAAUUCAAGAAGGUUGUUUCAACAAUUUCUGGUAGAUGCCUACACUAUGAUGGAAACGGAGAGAAUGUACUACAUACGUAGGCAACAACAUGUUCUUAGAUGUGAUUCUUAUGAAAAUUUACGUAACCAAAAAGCUCAAGGAACCACUGAUAUCUCGAAUGUCGGCCAACGUGUCAUAUUACCUUCAUCCUUUACCGGAGGUGCACGUUAUAUGCUGCAAAACUAUUUGGAUGCCAUGUCACUAUGCAAAUGGUUUGGAUAUCCUGAUUUCUUCAUAACCUUUACGUGUAAUCGCAAAUGGCCUGAGAUUAAAAGGUUUCUUAAGGGUACUUCACUUCAACCAGAAGACAGGCCUGAUAUACUAUGUAGGUUGUUCAAGAUCAAGCUUGAUGCAUUCAUUAAAGACUUAAGGGAUAAUCAAAUUUUCGGCAAAGUUCAAGCAUAUGUUUAUACAAUUGAAUUCCAAAAAAGAGGUUUGCCGCAUAGUCAUAUAUGUCUAUUCAUGCAUUCUGACAACAAGCUACCAACUGUUGAGCUUAUCGAUCCGAUAAUUUCAGCAGAGAUACCAGACAGAAUCGAAGAUCCUGAAUUAUAUUCACUUGUAAAUGAGUUUAUGAUUCAUGGUCCAUGUGGAGCUGAAAAUAUGAAUUGUCCAUGCAUGGUGGAUAAAAAGUGCUCUAAAAACUUUCCAAAACAAUUCAUUAAUCAUUCGUCUGUAGAUCAGAAUGGUUUUCCGUUAUAUAGGCGAAGAAACGAUGGUCAUUUUGUAGAAAAAUCAGGUGUAAGGUUGGAUAAUAGAAAUGUUGUUCCAUACAACAAAUAUCUAUUGAAAAGAUAUCAGACACAUAUUAAUAUUGAAUGGUGCAAUCAGGGAUCUUCUAUAAAGUAUUUGUUUAAAUACAUAAAUAAGGGUCCUGAUAGAGCUACAGUUGCUGUUGUACCAACCAACAAUGAAUGUGAAAAUAAUGAUGCGGUCGAUGAAAUAGCUGAAUAUUACGAUUGUAGAUAUUUAUCAGCAUGUGAAGCAUCAUGGCGAAUUUUUACAUAUGAUGUUCAUUGCAGAUAUCCUUCUGUUGUCAGACUGCCUUUUCAUCUUCCUAAUCAACAACAGAUUGUAUAUGGUGAAGACAAUGAUAUUGAUGAUGUUCUUGACAAACCUUCUGUUGCGGCUUCAAAGUUCACAACUUGGAUGGAAUGUAAUGCAAUCGACAGUGAAGCACGAAAACUCACAUAUGUUGAAUUCCCUAAAAAGUUUGUUUGGAUAUUAAAUGGUCGGUUUUGGAAGCGAAGGAAAGUAGGAAAAGCCAUCGGUAGAAUUCAUUCUGUUUCACCUAAACUAGGUGAGGCAUAUUUCUUAAGGAUUUUUUUAAAUAAAGUAAAAGGACCAACAUCAUUUGAUGAUAUUCGCACGGUAAAUGGUCAAACACAUUCUUCUUUUACAGAUGCUUGUUAUGCACUCGGGCUAUUAGAUGAUGACAAGGAAUACAUUGAUGCAAUUAAAGAAGCAAGUCAUUCUGGAUCUGAAUUGUCACUCGGAGUAGAUGAACUUAAGAACUUAACUUUGUUCGAAAUACAACAAAUUUUACUUCGAAACAACUCUACACUCAAAAACUUCAAAAACAUGCCAUACCCAGAUGUUGAAUCCGUUUCUUCUUCAAACAAUCGGCUUAUCACCGAGGAGCUAGAUUACGACGUUCCCGUGAUAAAGAAUGACUAUGAUCGUAUGUUUCUUGCAUUAACAGAUGAGCAACGUAAUAUUUUCCUAAACAUCAUGAGUGUUAUUCAAGAAAAUAAAGGAGGUGUCUUCUUUGUUUACGGUUAUGGUGGAACGGGUAAAACUUUUUUAUGGAAAACAAUAUCUGCAGCAAUUAGAUCUGAAGGAAAUAUUGUAUUAAAUGUUGCUUCAAGCGGUAUUGCUUCCUUAUUAUUGCCUGGUGGUAGAACAACACACUCUCAAUUUAUAAUUCCAUUUGAGCUUACAGAGGAUUCUUUUUGUAACAUAAAUCCAGACGGUGAGUUGGCAAGCUUAAUAAGAAAAACCUCUUUAAUAAUUUGGGAUGAAGCACCUAUGGUCCAUAAGCAUGCAUUUGAAGCUUUAGAUCGAACUUUUAAGGAUUUACUAAGGUGCGUAAAUUCAACAAUCUCAAAUAUUCCAUUUGGAGGGAAAGUUAUUGUCUUUGGAGGAGAUUUUAGACAGAUUCUACCUGUUGUUCCGGGUGGCAGUAGACAGAACAUUGUAAAUGCUUCUUUGAGUUCUUCGUAUUUAUGGGAACAUUGCAAAGUCCAUAGAUUAACAAAAAACAUGAGGCUAACUGUUGGAAGGGAUCAAUCAGAUAUAGGAAAAAUAAGAGAUUUUGCAAAUUGGUUGUUGGAUAUAGGAGAAGGAAAACUUGGUGGUCCGAACGACGGUGAAACGAUUAUCGAUAUUCCGGAUGAUAUUCUCAUUAACGAUUCACAUGAUCCUAUAGGUUCCUUAAUUGAGUUUGUAUAUCCUUCAAUUUUAGAGAACUAUAGCGAUAUAAAUUAUUUCCAAGAAAGAGCGAUACUUGCUCCGAAAAAUGAAGUUGUCCAGGAAAUAAACGACCGUUUGCUUAAGAAGUUUCCAGGAGAUGAAGUUGAAUAUUUUAAGUUCAGACAGCAUAUGUGA